AUGGCGUUCUCCUGGGCUUGCCUGUCCGUUGCCCUGGCUUGGCGGUAUCAGGUUCCCGCGCCAGAAAGAGCGGAACUGGGCCAUCGUGCCUUGAGAUAUCUUGCGGUCACCACCAUUCUGAACACCCUCGGAACCGGCUUCUUUGUGCGGGUCACGUGUGGCACACCCGUCCUUGCAGACCUCUUAGCGAUCAGCCCCGUAGUCCUCAACCCAUUCACGAACGUGCUCAUGAAGCGGAUCGUGCUACGAAUGUCGGAGAUCUACGCCGGUAGAGAGCAGACCAAGUUUAUGCGGAUGACGACAUACGCGGAGUUGUUGUCAGGCUGUUUGAUUGCAAUCAUCGCUGCAGUUUUCGUCGGGCUGUUAGAAACAUAUGGCACCAGCAGCAACUUCCCGCCCGGCACCGUGCAUGCAGUGGGAACCGCUGCCAUCUUGGCGUUGACGGUCCUGGUGGUACUUGAUGGAAUCUUCUCAUGGUCGGCAUUCACAUCUCUUCGCGCAAUCCUGCGUAGCGUGCAGAUGGUCAUGCCGACAGAAUCCAACAAAAGCGUUGUGAGCAACUCCUUGGCUGUUGCGAAAGCGAACCUUUGGCUGGUUGCACUCGCAGUCAUUGGCACUAGCAUCUUCUACGCCAUGCUCAUUGUUCUUGUGGGUGCCGUCACCAUCUUCUACCGGCAUGGAUCCGAGGAACAGGAAAGCUAUACGAGCUAUACCGAGCCCUCGGACCCCACGCUGGUGCAAGGGAUGCUGCCCCUGAUGAUCUGGUGCUUGGACAGCAUCUUCAACGACCUCUGCGCCGUCUAUCUUGGCUGCGGUCCCACCCAGGCUGAUGCCAUGGCUGCCUCAGCUGCUCACCGUCUUCCGGCACGUGCUCCGCACGGCCGUGGGCGGCGCCUUCGGCAUUUCGCAGAGGCCUCCAUGGAAACGGUAGCACACCAGUGUCGCAGCUGCGGGGAGCAGUUCCCAUCCAAGAACAGCCUUCAUCGCCACCUGCGCGAAGCGCACGGGGCUCCCCAAAACGGCCCCCAGCCGGUUCCCGCGACCACUCCGAGGGAGCCUCUACCACCCAUCGCCCUGGGUGAUCCCAUUCGGAUGCCCAGAGAAAGGGCCAUCCCGGACUCCUUGCUCCAGGCCUUCAACGGCUGGGCUCGGGCAACUCCUCCGGUCUUCCGGGUGCCCAGCAGAAUCCUCCGAAAAGCUGUGCCCCAAAACGACCUCGAAGAUGCUUGGGAGAAGGGAAGGCUCUGGGCUAUCUCCGUGGGAACGCGCGGGACCUUCCUGCGGCAAGUUCAUGGCGAUCAGUCUGGUUGGCUCGAGAAGGCCAUGGAGAGUCCGGAGGAGCGCGACAUCCUGCUAUCACCCCUGCAGCCCGAGGUGCACGCCGAUCUCCUCGUUGCGAUUCUGAGAAGCCUGAACGUGGCGACUUGCCAUGACAUCCAUCGCUUUGCUCGCGGCACUUGGAAUAGCCAAGCCAGUGCACGAAUGUGGCAGACAUGUGCGGAACAAGCCAAGCCCAGGGGGGUCCGGAUCAGGUACCAAGGAUGCAAGCAGGGCUACCUCAGCCCCACUCUAUGGCUUUCGGGUGAGCCGCGAGUCAAAAAGGACAUCUUUUGCCACGAGGAGUUUGCCUUUUCCUUCCUGGGGAGAGUGGAUGGCGAGAUUUUUCAGUGUUUGGGAAGCAUUGCAGAAUCCAUGUACCACUUCGCCGGGAGUUGUCCGGUCAGCAUUUCAACUUGUUACGACAUGGUGAUGGCUGCCAUUGAAUCGGGAAACAUCAAAUGCCUGAGCAGCGGUGCUGCUGAAGCGGUGGACAUCACAAGCAUGAGCAUCCAAGGUGCCCGGGACAGCCGCUUGGUGGUGCGCGUCCGCGGAGCGGCGGAGUGUCCGGCCAUCUGCGUCUCAGACUGGACGAAGGGCCAGUGCCGCUUUGAAUCGCAAUGCCGAUAUGUCCACCUACGCAGUGCCCCAAAGACCGGCUGCCCUUUGCCAGACGGUCUCAGUGAGGAGACGUGCUUCAUCAGUGACGCAAGGCUACGAGAAGUUCUCUGGCAGAACAUGAAGAAGGGCAUCUUACGGACUCCUUUGCUCCAGCUGUUGCAGCAGUUGCGGGAGACAGUGAAAGACGGCGAAGAUACUGAGAUUCUCGGUAUGCUGCAGAGAGAGAUUCAACAUGAAAGCCUGGUGACUUUGGUGGCUGCACCUUCGGCCAAGGCGGCGCACCACUGGCAGCAGCAGAUCUUUCAGAGCCUGACUUCCGUCGUAGAAGACGGAAGCGUUUGUGUGUUGAUUUCUCCAGUUUUGCAGAAGCCACCAGCGUCGCUGAUGGAGUGCCUCAUGAACUACUGCCAGCAGGAAUUGUUGCAACCAUGCUACCCGAAUUUGAGAAAGGUGUGUCGGUCCUGCUUCUCAUUGCAUAUGCUGUCUUCGGGCUUGACAAAGCUUACAAAGUACAUGGGAUAUUGCUACAUAAAGCCCGGGGACACGAAGAACAAAAGCCGCUGGAAGGUGAAGGCCGUGCCAUUUACCUUUCAUAGCAGGUGGAAGCCGUCGGACAACGUGGAGCAACGGAAGCGAGAUAUGGCAGGCUUUCUUGCAACUUCCGGCACCUCAUCUGAGUGGCCCUCUGUGGGCGUACUGCUGGAGUCGGCCCGUCUCUUUGGGCCGACGUCCCUGCAAGCGACGCCAGGACGACGGAGCCGUCUGGGAGCGCUGUUCUGGCUGCUUGAAGGCAUCGAAGGCACCAUGGCCCCAGAGGGCAGCACCUGUGACGAAAACGAGUUCGGAGAGCAGGGACAGUGGGACUCCGAGGAGGAGGAGGAAGUCUUCUUGGAAAUGCAGUCCUUGGCCUCCAAUGCUCCGGUUCAGACGCGGGAUCCCUGGCCGGUGCCUGAGGAUCUCGAGAUGCAUGUUUGGCCUUGGCAUGUUGAGAACUACUCCGUUGAGGACACCGUGUCAUGGUGCUGCAGAAAAGCAAUUUCGCGAGAGCCCAUGGGGGCCUUGCAGGGAAAGCGGAUAAUUCGCAUGACGUCGGGCCAGCACCUCCUGUCCGUCUUCGUCUCGAAUCUCGUCUACGGCUUGGAGUUGGCGGAUGGCUCGGUUGCCCCUGAGAGGAUGCAGUCUCUGCUUCAAUCGGUCGGUGCCGUGCCCGCGCUGUACUCAGCAGUGCUUCAGCCUGAUCAGUCUGGCACUUCCAGCGAUCUCUUCCUCGCGGUCAUGGUAGCUUGCUUCUGCAGGCAGCUGGCGAAGAGCUGGGACUCCCAAAGCCCACUCAGCCACGGUGAGGUCCUUGGUAGUUUGCUGACGGCCAAGGCUUUGUGCCGUGGGCAGGGCCGGUGCCACCAGUUGCGGCGCAGCAUCAUCGGCUUCCUGCGCCGCCACCCAGCGCUCUGCGGGCGCCUUGAUACCGUGUGCCGCGGGGGCAGCGUGGCCAUGGGGUUGGACACCACCCACUCGGACCACGACAUCUUCCUAUGCCUAAAGAAUGGAGCCGAGGACAUGGUGGAGGAGCUGCAUGGUGCGAUCUUGGACUUGAAGAGGAGCUCCGGGCGAUUUCGGUUUCAGAGGGCCGAGGUGGUGAAGAAGGACUUCGCGGUGGAGAUCAAGAACUACUACCGCCAGAGGGACUUCGACUUGGUUCCUGUCACCUUCCGGCAGAACCAGGUGGGAGAGCAGCAGUGGGAUCCUCAGCGUGGGGUCUGGCAGGCCCUUCUGCACCCGCGCCUGGCGCCCAAGCUCCAGCUCCUCUCUGAGCAGCAUCCCGAUGCCUUCUUCGCGAUGCGCCUGGUGAAGAUGUGGAACGAGUCCAUGGAUCUGCGCCAGGGAAAGCCGCCUGUGGUGACGCUGCACAUCGCGCUGCUGACCCUCGGGGCAUGGCAGGCCGGCCACUUGGAGGGCUGUGGAGGUGUCCAGGUCUACUUCCUGCGAAUCUUGAAGAACUGGCUGCGCGACGACGUGGUUGGGCAAGAGCAAAUAUUCAGGGAGCUCGAUGCAGGCCCUCAUUUGCGGCGAAUGAUCGCCAAGUAUGAUGAGACUACGCGGCAACGCUUCCCGGAGGAGCUUGACCGCAGCAUCCAGUGGCUCGAGCCUAGGCUGUUAUUGGCUAUAGCUCUCCGACGUGAGGACAAGAUCAAUUCUAAGAAGGCAUAA